CUCUCGGCCCCGCCCCCCUCGCCCGACCGUACUCACUCCUGUGUCGGGAACGCGCCGGGCCGACCCGUCCUUCCCCCCGUGUGUGUGUGUGUGUGUGUGUGUGUGGGUAUCGCUCGCUGGCCGGGCGCGGCGCGCGGCGCGCUCGGUGGGUCCCCGCUGCCUCAGGCCUCCUCCCCCUCGCCCCGCCAUGCCGGAGAAGCGGCCCUUCGAGCGGCUGCCGGCCGAGGUGUCCCCGCUCAACUACGGGCUCUGCCUCAAGCCCGACCUCAUCGACUUCACCUUCGAGGGCAAGCUGGAGGCGGCCGUGCAGGUGAGACAGGCAACCAAUCAAAUUGUGAUGAAUUGUGCUGACAUUGACAUUAUUACAGCCUCCUAUGCACCAGAGGGAGAUGAAGAAAUACACGCCACGGGAUUCAACUAUCAGAAUGAAGAUGAGAAAGUUACUCUCUCCUUUCCCAGUACUCUACAAAAAGGGACGGGGACGUUAAAGAUAGACUUUGUUGGAGAGCUGAAUGAUAAAAUGAAAGGUUUCUAUAGAAGUAAAUAUACCACCCCUUCCGGAGACACGCGCUAUGCUGCUGUCACUCAGUUUGAGGCCACUGAUGCUCGCAGAGCCUUCCCUUGCUGGGAUGAACCUGCUAUUAAGGCAACAUUCGAUAUCUCAUUGGUCGUCCCUAAAGACAGAGUAGCUUUGUCAAAUAUGAAUGUCACUGAUCGGAAGCCAUACCCUGAUGAUGAAAAUCUGGUGGAAGUGAAGUUUGCCCGCACACCUGUGAUGUCAACGUACCUAGUAGCAUUUGUGGUGGGAGAAUAUGACUUUGUAGAGACCAGGUCGUCUGAUGGUGUGUUAGUCCGUGUUUACACUCCUGUUGGCAAAGCAGAACAGGGAAAGUUUGCAUUAGAGGUUGCUGCUAAAACUCUGCCUUUUUAUAAGGACUACUUCAAUGUUCCUUAUCCUCUUCCUAAAAUUGAUCUCAUAGCUAUUGCAGACUUUGCAGCUGGUGCCAUGGAGAACUGGGGCCUUGUUACUUAUAGGGAGACUGCACUGCUGAUUGAUCCCAAAAAUUCCUGCUCUUCAUCCCGCCAGUGGGUUGCUCUGGUUGUGGGACACGAACUUGCUCACCAGUGGUUUGGAAACCUUGUAACUAUGGAAUGGUGGACCCACCUUUGGCUGAAUGAAGGCUUUGCCUCCUGGAUUGAGUAUCUUUGUGUAGACCACUGCUUCCCAGAGUAUGAUAUCUGGACUCAGUUUGUUUCGGCUGAUUACACACGAGCUCAAGAGCUUGAUGCCUUAGACAACAGUCAUCCUAUUGAAGUCAGCGUGGGCCACCCAUCUGAAGUAGACGAAAUAUUUGAUGCUAUUUCUUAUAGCAAAGGCGCAUCUGUAAUCCGAAUGUUACAUGACUACAUUGGAGAUGAGGAUUUUCGGAAAGGAAUGCAUUUGUACUUAACCAGGUUCCAGCAGAGGAAUGCAGCUACAGAGGACCUUUGGGAGAGCCUGGAGAAAUCCAGUGGUAAACCUAUUGCUGCUGUAAUGAGUACAUGGACCAAACAAAUGGGAUUUCCACUCAUUUAUGUGGAAGCAGAGCAGCAAGAAGAGGACAAAGUUCUGAAGUUAGUCCAGAAGAAGUUCUGUGCCAGUGGACCAUAUAGCGGGGAGGACUGCCCUCUGUGGAUGGUUCCCAUUAGUAUUUGUACAAGCGAUGACCCCAGCUGUGCCAAAAUGCAAGUGCUGAUGGACAAGCCAGAGCUGACGUUGGUUUUGAAAGAUGUUAAACCAGGCCAGUGGGUGAAGUUAAACCUGGGAACAGUAGGGUUUUACCGUACUCAGUACAGCCCUGACAUGCUGGAGAGUUUAAUACCAGCGAUCCAAGACCUCUCCCUACCCCCUGUGGACAGGCUUGGGCUGCAGAAUGAUCUCUUCUCACUGGCCCGAGCUGGAAUCAUUAGCACUGUAGAUGUUCUAAAAGUCAUGGAGGCUUUUGUGAAUGAGCCCAAUUAUACUGUGUGGAGCGACCUGAGCUGUAACCUGGGGAUUCUCUCAACUCUCUUGUCCCACACAGACUUCUAUGAGGAAAUCCAGGUGUUUGUGAAAGAUGUCUUUUCACCCAUAGGAGAGAGGCUGGGAUGGGACCCCAAACCUGGAGAGGGUCAUCUGGAUGCACUUCUGAGGGGCCUGGUUUUGGGAAAACUAGGAAAAGCUGGGCAUAAGGCAACAUUAGAAGAAGCGCGACGUCGGUUUAAGGACCACGUAGAAGGAAAACACAUCCUGUCAGCUGACCUUAGAAGUCCUGUAUAUGUAACUGUUUUGAAGCAUGGAGAUGGUGCUACUUUAGACACUAUGCUAAAGCUACACAAACAAGCAGAUAUGCAGGAGGAGAAGAACCGAAUUGAGCGAGUCCUCGGAGCCAUCUCUCAACCUGAACUGAUCCAAAAAGUUCUGACCUUUGCACUUUCGGAAGAGGUACGUCCCCAGGAUACCGUGUCUGUUAUCGGCGGAGUGGCUGGAAGCAGCAAGCAGGGAAGAAGAGCUGCCUGGAAAUUUGUAAAGGACAAUUGGGAGGAACUUUAUAAUCGCUAUCAGGGUGGAUUCUUAAUAUCCAGACUAAUAAAGCUAUCGGUGGAUGGAUUUGCAAUUGAUAAAAUGGCUGCAGAGGUUAAGGCCUUCUUCGAGACUCACCCUGCUCCGUCGGCAGAACGCACUGUCCAGCAGUGCUGUGAAAAUAUCUUGCUGAAUGCAGCUUGGCUGAAUCGGGACGCCGAGAGCAUCCACCAAUAUCUUCUGCAGCGCAAGGCCCCGCCAGCCAUGGUGUGAAUCUGUGCAUGCAGCUACUGCAGUCCUACUGCCUCGUCAGGGGGAGAGGGAGGAGCUACCCAACAGCUGGUUCAUAUGCCAAGAAUUUGGAGUCUUUUCUCAAAGCAAUGGGGAUUGGACAAUGAAUGUAGUUAACUGGUUCCUGCUCACACUCCAGAAUUAAAUUCUAUUAAAAAAAAUUAUCAGCAAUUCAGCAAAAAAAAAGUCUGUAAAUAUGAUAGUAAUAAAAUAGAGCAUAACAAAACUGUGAAACUUCCUCAAGCCUUGUCAGUGGUUAAAAUAUUUAACACCCCCUUCCUACACUCUUAUUGACAGAUGUUCUGUUUUUUUACAUCCCCUAAAAAGGAAACCAGAGGCUCUGGGUCAGUGGAAUUUUGUGAUGUCUGGGGCAGGAAUGGGUUAACACCUCUGUGUAAGACAGAGACCUAAAAGACACUGUAGUGCGCGUCGUGUGGAACAGUUCACUAUGAAAGACAGGUAGCUGGUAUAACAUACUCUGAAUCUGUGCAUAAAUUCCACUUGCGUGGUUUUUGGGAGAUUAUUUUCCUGCAACCUCCAAUCAAAUCCAAGGAUAGUAGGUUCCCCCCCCAUCCCUUCUGUGUCACCUCUUGGCAAAAAGAAAAAUGUUCUGUUGCUCUUUGGUUUUUCUCCUUGGUUCCACUUGCUGAUGUCCUUCUUAGAGAUAAAGGAAUUGUUAAAGAAACAUCUUUCACAGCCACAUUAAAUAAGAGAUCAAUUCAUGCAAUAUUUUUUUCCUUAUUAAAUGCACCCUCAAAAUGCAUGUGAAUGAGGAGCUAGAGUAGUGUGUGACUGGUUUCCCCAUAGCCACCGUUAAGGGGCGGGCACCGUUACUUGUUUAAAAGAUCUAGCUUGUCCAGCCUCCUCAUAGCCAUAGCCACACUUGCUUUUAUUUUUGUUCCUUUGCUGUGAUGUUGAUGGUCAUUUGAUUCAGAAGCCUUAAAUUAGUGAUAACUGGUGUGACUUAGAUGAAGUCUAAGCUGUGUGCCAUCAUUGACUUCACAAAACGGCAUGGUCUACUAAUCAGACAACACUAUCUAAUAAACGAACGUUUGAGUUCCCACAGUUUUUUCUUUUAACAGGAAUUCAUAUUUGGUGUGGCUUAACUGUGUUUCAGAAGGUCAUCAGACUAACUGUCCGACUGCUUCCCUGAACAUUUUUGUGCUAUUGUUUUAAAAUAAAAAAAAAAUUAAAACAGUUGGCGUUAAUAAAAAUGUCAAUGUGAAAUUGA